CUUAAACUUCCACAAAACUGCGGGGGCCUUUUUAGAACUUUUUCUAGCAAUUUGGUCUUCAGUAGUCGAAAAUUCACCCUUCAACUUGAAGCAUUUCGCAAUUCCCCCGACUUUGAAGAACCGAUCAUUUCCUUCUUACUGCUCGAAUCGCGCGAUAAUGAUCCGAUUCAUUCUGCUUCAGAAUAGGCAAGGGAAGACUCGUCUCGCUAAGUAUUACAUUCCUCUUGAAGAAUCCGAAAAGCACAAGGUCGAAUACGAGGUUCAUCGAUUGGUCGUAAACAGAGAUCCCAAAUUCACUAACUUUGUUGAGUUUCGUACACACAAAGUUAUAUACAGGAGAUAUGCUGGACUUUUUUUCUCACUUUGUGUUGAUAUAACGGAUAAUGAGCUUGCUUAUUUGGAGGGCAUCCAUUUAUUUGUUGAAAUACUCGAUCACUUCUUCAGUAAUGUCUGUGAACUAGAUUUGGUCUUCAACUUCCAUAAGGUGUAUCUGAUUCUAGACGAGUUCAUUCUUGCUGGUGAAUUUCAAGAAACAAGCAAAAAGGCAAUCAUAGAGAGGAUGGGAGAAUUGGAAAAGCAGGAGUGAGAUGCGUUUUGUCUAGUGAUCUUCUUGGAAUAUCUGUAUUUUCAUACAUUUUUGAUUUUAUUCAUGAGUAUUGUAUUGUACCUUUUGAUUUUCGUAAAUGAAAUAUUUGAAACCUUUUGAGGGAUACAA